AUGAACAAGUGCGUGGAGACAGAGAGGAAUGCUCUCCUCAAGUUUAGAGAUGUUAUCAAUCUUAAGUACAGGGAUGGAAUUUCAUCAUGGAAAGGUGAAGAAUGUUGCAAAUGGAAAGGGAUUUCAUGUGAUAAUUUCACUCAUCAUGUAACCAGUAUGGAACUCUCUUUUGGAUUUGGAGAAAGUUUUCAUACAAACAAGUGUGUGGAGAAAGAGAGGAGAGCUCUCCUCAAGUUUAGAGAUGCUAUCAAUCUUAAUAGGGAAUUCAUUUCGUCAUGGAAAGGUGAAGAAUGUUGCAAAUGGGAAGGAAUUUCAUGUGAUAAUUUCACUCAUCAUGUAAUCGGUUUGAAUCUCGAGCCUUUAAAUUAUACUAAAGAAUUGCGAGGUAAGUUAGAUUCUUCAAUAUGUGAAUUGCAACAUCUUACUUCUUUAAAUCUCAAUGGUAAUCAAUUUGAAGGAAAGAUUCCAAAGUGCAUUGGUUCACUUGAUAAGUUGAUAGAGUUGAAUCUUGGUUUUAAUCAUUUUGUUGGUGUCAUUCCUCCUAGUUUGGGGAACCUUUCCAAUUUACAAACUCUUGACCUUUCAUCUAAUUAUGAUAUGAUUUCAAAUGACCUUGAAUGGCUUUCUCAUCUCUCUAAUUUGAGAUACCUUGAUCUAUCAAAUGUCAAUCUCACUCUAGCUGUUGAUUGGUUGUCAUCAAUAAGCAAAAUUCCUUAUCUAUCUGAACUUUAUUUAUAUGGUUGUGGGCUCCAUCAAGUCAAUCCUAAAUCCAUUCCCCUCCUGAAUACUUCCAUUUCUCUGAAAUCAGUUGGUCUCUCAGAUAAUGAACUACAAAGUAGCAUACUAAAAUCUUUUAGAAAUAUGUCUCAACUGCAAGAUUUGAACCUGAAUUCCAAUCAAUUGUCUGGCAAACUUAGUGACAACAUACAACAAUUGUGUACCACGAAAAAUGAUUUAAGGAAUUUGGAUCUAAGCAAUAACCCAUUCAAAGUGAUGUCACUUCCAGAUUUUUCAUGUUUUCCAUUUUUGGAGACAUUAUCUCUUCGAAAUACCAAUGUUGUCAGUCCAUUUCCAAAAUCAUUUGUUCAUUUGUCUUCCCUUUCUAUUCUAGAUCUUGGUUUUAACCAAUUAAAUGGAUCACAACCAUUAUUUGAGAUAACUAAACUCGUCUCAUUAAAAACACUAUAUCUCUCCCAUAAUAACUUAAGUGGUCCAUUUCCACAUACAAUUGGCCAACUUUCUGAUCUAAAUGAGUUACGUCUCUCUUCAAAUAAGUUAAACAGCACCAUUAAUGAAACACAUUUAUCAAACUUAUCUGAAUUGAAAUAUUUUGAUGUGAAUCAAAAUUCACUUUCAUUCAACUUGAGUUCAAAUUGGGUUCCACCUUUCAAACUGGAAACACUACUUGCAUCAUCAUGCACAUUGGGUCCUAAAUUUCCAGCAUGGCUCAAAUAUCAACGCGGGAUUACUUAUCUAAAUAUCUCUAAUUGUGGUAUUUCAGAUUCAUUUCCUAAAUGGUUUGGGAAUUUAUCUUCGAGUUUGACAUACUUGGAUAUUUCCCAUAAUAAACUCAAUGGACCCUUGCCAAAAUCCUUACAAAGUCUGAAUGUAAAUUAUGAUGAUAUUUGGGUGUGGGAUUUUAGUUUCAACAAUUUGAAUGGUUCAGUGCCUCCAUUUCCAAAGUUGUACGCUCUAUUUCUCUCAAAUAAUAUGUUUACAGGGUCCCUGUCUUCGUUUUGUACAUCCUCAUCUCAAAAUUUAAUUCAUUUAGACUUGUCUAGUAAUAUGUUAGUAGGGCCACUUCCAGAUUGUUGGGAGAAGUUUCAAUCUUUAAGAGUUCUAAAUUUGGCAGAGAAUAAUUUCUCAGGGAAAGUACCCAAAUCACUUGGUGCUCUAGGACAAAUUGAAUCACUCCAUUUAAAUAAUAACAACUUCUCCGGUGAAAUUCCAUCUUUGAUCCUUUGUCAAAAAUUGAAAUUAAUUGAUGUUGGAGAUAACAAUCUCCAAGGAUCAUUACCUAUGUGGCUAGGCCAUCAUCUUCAUCAGUUGAUUGUUUUACGUCUACGGGCAAAUAAGUUCCAAGGAAGCAUUCCUACAAGUAUGUGCAAUCUAUCACUUCUUCAAAUACUGGAUCUCUCUCAAAACAAUAUAACUGGGGGAAUACCACAAUGCUUCAGUCACAUAGUUGCUUUAUCAAAUUUGAAGUCUCCAAGAUUCAUAUUUCACUAUGAGUCAGUUACAGUCUCUGAUGACAAGGGAUGGUACGAAAUUGGCAUUGACAGUUAUUAUGAAAUUGGUUACAUCAAUGACAAGGAAAUAUUGACAUUGAAAGGAUACAGCAGAGAAUAUGAGACAAAUCUUGGAUAUUGGACAACCAUUGAUCUUUCUUGCAACCAUUUAACAGGAGAGAUACCCCAAAGUAUAACAAAACUCGUGGCAUUAGCUGGUUUAAACCUUUCAUGGAAUAAUCUCACAGGAUUCAUUCCUAGCAACAUUGGUCAUAUGGAAAGUUUAGAAUCACUCGACUUGUCAAGAAACCAUCUUUCAGGUAGAAUGCCAACGAGCUUUACAAAUUUGACAUUUCUUAGUUACAUGGACUUGUCUUUCAACAACUUAGAAGGAAAAAUUCCACUAAGCACUCAACUACAAUCUUUUGAUCCAUCUACAUAUACGGGGAAUAAUCGACUAUGUGGACCACCACUCAUAAAUCUUUGUCCAGACGAUGUGAUUUCUCCAAAUAAAAGCUAUGAUAAAACUGUCACUAGUGAAGAUGAAGAUAAGCUAAUAACCUUUGGGUUUUAUGUUAGCUUGGGGCUUGGAUUUAUAAUUGGAUUUUGGGGAGUUUGUGGAACUCUAGUGCUAAAAACGUCAUGGAGACAUGCCUACUUCAAAUUCUUCAACAACGUGAAUGACUGGAUCCAUGUCACACUAGCUGUUUUUGUAAAUAGUUUGAAUAAGAAAUUCCAUGUCCAAGAUUAA